AUGGCUUUCCUCCUGUGCUGCUUCCUUUUAUCAAGUUGGACAGCUGUAGCUUUUACAUUUCCUCAUAACACAUUCUUGAAAAGCUCAAGAGCUGAAUUUGAAUCAUCUGGCAGUGGACCAGAUGAGUCUUUUCGAGGAAUAGUCAAAGUUGUCCCGCUGGAAGAUCACGCUCUGGCCCAGUCGGAGCUUUUCAGAAGGGGAGCGUUCCCCAGAAGGUCCCUCUCCCUCGGCUCUAGAUCGUCCUUUCCUGCCUUCUUAUCACACGGGCGUCCAGGUCUGGCCCCGGCUUCUAAGGCUCAUGUGAGUCCACUGCACCUCCUGCGCUCUAAAACCCCGAGUGGAGUUGAGCUAAAGAAGAAACAGGGCCUGCAGAUGUGGCAAAGAGCCAUGGAUAAAGGAAACAAGAUGAGCAUGUCUAUGCCAGUGAACCUGAAGGACACUAAGCAGUCGUGCACAGCAGUAUCUUUCACUCAGCGUGUAACAGCAGACGGGUGCGACACGGUGACCAUGCACAACAAGUUGUGUUUCGGUCAGUGCAGCUCGCUGUUCGUCCCGUCUGAAGGUGGGUUCGCUGGUGUGGGCACUGGCACGGGGGCCCUUCUCCACCGGGCUCCCUGCUCUCGCUGCGCUCCGUCCAAAGCUCACACCGUGACUGUGCCCCUGCGCUGUGGAGCUCAAAUCCGGGAGAAGCGAGUGAUGGUGGUGGAGGAGUGCAAGUGCGAGACGGGCACCGAGGAAAGAAGCAUCGAGGCCACAGCUGCCAUGCAGCUGUAACCGCUUUAAACCGUCAGACUAUGGAGGAAAGUAAAGUUUCUCCUCAGUUGACCUCAACAUCACAUGUCAAAUCACUUCUGCAAUGUGGACUUCAUUUGUAGUUGUAACCAAUAUUUGUGUGUCUGUAUAUUUGUUUGUAUAAGAGUCUGAAUGGAAUAUUCAGAGUGAAAUAUUCUGGUGGCGUCUUCCACCUGUGAUUGUUGACAAAAUGACCUG